AUGAAACAAAUGUAUCCGACAAAAACAAUGUACAAAAUAGGAAAUGGAUCAUUUUCUGACUGCUCUUUUGAUUUUUCGAUCAUUCCUUGCGAUCAAUAUCAAAUGCUAUUUAACGCUUUCCCAACAUUCCUUUGUAAAAAGAUUGAAUCAAUUUCUUUUAACUGCAAUUUCGAGUUUCAGUACUCAAACCUCGGGAAGAAAAGCAAAAAAAGAGAGGAAAUCAUUUCUAAUUCAAUUGCUAACGUCAAACCAAAAUUUAUCGAAUAUCUGCUGAAAAUUAUGAAAAUUGUGCUCCCAAAAACAAGGUACCUUGCACGAAUUGAAUUUUCGUGUAUGCAAUUAAACAGAAAGUUGAUACCUCGACUUUUUUCAAUUCUUUAUUCUUGCCCUACCAUAAAAAACAUUUGUUUCAAGAAUGUUCAAAUAGAUGAUGACCAGUUUAUCAAAUUUAUUGGAUCUUUAUCUCCUUAUAGGAUUGAAGAACUGAAAUUUGUUGGAUGCGGUAUUUCAAACAGAUCAACUCCAUCAAUUCUUAAUUUUAUUAAUAAACCUAAGAAAAAAUACGAAGAAUCUAGACGCUUGAAAAAGAUUAUUAUUGACUCUCUUCCAAUUAAAGAACAGAAUAGCAUUUUCCGAUUGAUUUUGAAGCCAAACACCAGAAACGAUGACGAAACUUCGAGCUCUGAAGUCAUUGAAACUUUUACUGCUGUCUCUGAAAGCGAUGCCGAGACCAAUUCGCAUCUCAAUCGAAGAAAACUACUACAACAGAUUAUGGAAUCAUCCAGUGAUGAAUUACAACAAACUCAGAAACAGAGGAGUGAAGAGAUUUUUAAUGAACUAGUUCUUCAACAACGAAAUUCCAUUUCCAAACAAUAUGAGCACCAAACCAAAGAUACUGAAUAUUCAAAUGAUACUGCACAUGAAUAUGAGGAUUCGACAAUUGAGUCAGUUAGUUCAGUUGAAAGCGAAGACAUAAUAACAGAUAAUGACGAACAACUUCAAAACCAGAACGAGAAAUUACGAAAAAGGCUUAAAUAUCUUAUGCACAAAAUGAAUGCAGCUAAAUUUGCUGAUGAUAUCUUUCUUAUUGGACCACAAGCAAAAGAAUUGGUCGAAGUGAUUCCAGAGAUGAAAAAGAAAUUAGCUAAUCUUGAAGACUUAAAUCACAGAGCUGAAAUGAAUAAGAAGUGA